AUGUUCAGUGGGCAUACCACUGCAGAAUUGCUUGGUCCAUAUCUGCGCCACUCAAGCAAGCAUCCGCUAGAUGACUACAUCGGAACCCAUCCAUGGAAUACAUUCAUUGGGCGACGCAAGGGAACACUAAUUUGGAGCGGAAAACUAAAUCUAUUCUGGUUCAUCUACCGUGUUUCUGGACUUUGCGGUGUCGUUGGGGUACAGGUUCUCCCUCCUGGAGAUGUGGAGAUAGGCAAGCUGAUACAGAUGUUCGAAAACCCAUUUGGGCAAUGCGAGCGCACCAAGGUCGGGCUGGAGAAGGCUUUUCAGACAGUUGAGGAGAGUGUCAGUGGCAUUGUCAAGCUCAUUGAUGGUGCCACGCGCAUGUCCGUGGGAGCCCAGUUGCGGGUCUGGGAUGGUACCGUCUUUCCGUGGUAA